CAAAUAUCCAAUCUAGAGAUAAUAUCGAGAGCCGCCCUCCCGUCUUCCCCUCCAGGCCGAUGGUGUUCUGCUUUUUCCCAUCCCCUCACGCCAGUUUGUGCUUCCUUCGUUUAGAGCCAAACCACUGCAGCUUCGCCCGGUCAUCUUGCCAGUGAAGGUCACAAGCCACUCAUCAUGGCUUUCAAGACUUGGGUGAUGACGGCCCUCAUUGGCCUUGCCAAUGGCCUGGCCUCAACGGACACCAUCACCUGGGGAGGCGACAAUUCGAGAGCCGGGUACCAGACAAACCACAAUAUGGACCCCUCCGUCGUUGGGAGCUCCCAGUUCGGCCAGCUCUUCCGCACACCUCUGCCCGGCAAAUAUGGCGGCGUCGCAGAACAGAUCUUUUCUCAGCCACUCGUUUACACGCCCGACGGCGACAGCACGCAAUACGUCUACGUCGCGACUACACAAAAUAAUGUCUACAAAAUUAAUGCAAAGACGGGCAGCAUCAUCGCUUCUCGCAGCCUCGCCAUUCCCUUCUUGUCUGCCGACCUGGAUGGGUGCUAUGAUAUCGAACCUCACGUUGGAGUCACCUCCACUGGUGUCAUUGAUGCCUCGACCAACACUCUCUACCUCACUACCAAGACGUACGUCGACCAGACCCUGACUGGCGUUGCUCAAGGAAAACCUGCCGGCCGUUACUACCUCCACGCCCUGGAUGUCAAUGACCUCAGCGAGAAACCCAACUUCCCCGUCAACCUCGAAGGCACCGUAGCGAGGAACAACCCUAUUCGCUCUUUCAACGGUGGUAUCCAUCAUCAGCGACCUGCUCUGUUGCACGUCGGCAACUACAUCUAUGCUGGCUUUGCUUCCCACUGUGUUCAAUACAACUUCACAGGCUGGAUCAUGGGCUUCGACAAGACCAGCGGUGCCAACGUCGAGCGUUUCGCUACCGAAGGUGACGGUGUCCCCGUGGAUGUCAAGGGCGGUGGUGUCUGGAUGUCGGGCGGCGGUCUCGCUUCUGACGAUGCAGGCUCCUUGUUCUACGCUACUGGUAACGGAUACGCCUCCCAGCUCAGCACCAUUCCCGUCAACGGCCGCACGCCCCCGACAUCUCUGGAAGAAGCCGCUGUUCACAUGACAAUCAACGCCGAUGGAAGUUUGAGCUUGGUCGAUUUCUUUAUGCCAUGGGAGAAGCAGGCUCUGGACGGUGCCGACAAGGACUUGGGAACGAGUCCCCUGCAGAUUCUGCCCAGCACAUUCUCCUGUGGCGACGUCAAGCGUAUUGGUGUGGUGACUGGAAAGAGUGGCAAGACGUACUGGCUCAACUUGGACGACUUGGGUGGUUACCGCAACGGCGCCAAUGGCCUUGAUAACGUGAUCCAGGUGUACCAGAACGAGAACUCUGUCUACGCCGGUGCGGGUGUGUACCCAGGCGAGGGUGGCUACAUCUACAUCAAUGGUAAGCAAAAGCCCCCUUCUAUCUGUCAUAGCACUCGCGUAUUCGAACAGAGCCACUAACAAGAACAGUCAUUCAAUACCCUACCCACGUCUUCAAGUUCUCCUGCGAUGCCGGAGUUCCAUCUUUCACCAAGGUUGCCGACAGCCCUCAGAACAACGCCUACAUCCUUGGUGUCAG